UCCGCUUCCGCCCGCACCGAGCUCGGCAGCGGCGCUUUCAAAAAGCGCUCCGGCGGGAAACGCGGCGCCCGCGGCUGCGGCGGGGGAGUGCCGGGACCGCCCGGGACCCCCGGCACCGGGAGCGGCCUCGGGGAUACCGGGAGCGGCCUCGGGGAUGCCCUGCAGGGCCGCCCGCCGCGGCACGCCGGCACGGAGGCUGCGGGACGAGCUGCGGCGGCUGCUGGGGCCCGCCUGGUGCGCCGAGCUGGAGCGGGACGUGCCGCACGCCUGGCACAGGCACGGCGACCUGGUGCUGCUGAGCGAGGACUGCUUCAGGGCCGAGCCCUGGGAGAGGCUGGGCUCGGCGCUCUGGGAGACGGUGGCCUCGGCCCUGGGGGCCCGGCGGGUGGCCAGGCGGGGACGGGUGAUGCCGGACGGGAUGCGCAGCCCCAGGGUCACCCUGCUGCUGGGCCAGCACGGCUGGGUGGAGCACGUGGACAACGGCAUCAGGUACACCUUCGACGUGACCAAGUGCAUGUUCUCCCCCGGAAACAUCACCGAGAAGCUGCGUGUGGCCUCGCUGCCCUGCUCCGGGGAGGUCCUGGUGGAUCUCUAUGCAGGCAUCGGCUACUUCACGCUGCCCUUCCUGGUGCACGCCGGAGCUGCCUUUGUGCACGCCUGUGAGUGGAACAGCCACGCCGUGGAGGCGCUGCACAGGAGCCUGCUGCUGAACGGGGUGCGGGAUCGCUGCCGCAUCCACAGCGGGGACAGCCGGCAGCUGCAGCUGCGGGACGUGGCAGACAGGGUCAACCUGGGGCUGCUUCCCAGCUCGGAGGAAGGCUGGCCGGCGGCCUGCCGCGCCCUGAAGAAGGACACGGGUGGGGUUCUGCACAUCCACCAGAACGUGGAGAGCCGGCCGGCGCCGCGCGGCGCGGAGCUGCUGGCCGGGCGCGGCUCCACGGGGCCACGGCGCCCCACGGGCCUCAGAGCCGAGUGGCAGAGCUGGGCCGAGGGCACGGCCGCACGCAUCCGGGGGCUGCUGGCAGAGCUGCACGGGCGGCCCUGGCGCAGCAGCGUCCUGCACGUCGAGCCGGUGAAGUCCUACGCGCCACACGUGCACCACCUCGUGCUGGACCUCGAGUGCCGGCCCGUGCUGCCCGCUUAGGGGGGCACGGGCACCGCUGGGGCUCCAGCUGCCCUGGGAGGGUGCCCGGCAGUGUCCUGCUGCCAGCCUGCGUGUGCCUUGUGUCCCCCGGUUCCCAGGUGGCAGCAGUGCCUCCCCAUGCCCAGGGAACCAAGGGUUCUG